AUGCUCCCAAAAGCUACCCAGGGAAAUGUGAAGGAGGCCACCGGGGUCCUCCAGAAAGAGUACUACAGCAAGCCGGAGUCACUCGUUCUCCUUAUCCAAAUUGCCACUGGCCAUGAAGACCCCAACCUCCGUCAGCUGGCCGCCGUUGAGGCUCGUGGCCUUGUCCAGAAGCACUGGCUGAAGGUGGGCGCUGAUCGGAAGCCCCAGGUCCGGGACCAGCUACUCCGAUCCACCAUGGGCGAGAGUUCGUCCCUUGUUCGUCACUCCGUCGCUCGGAUCAUCUCGGCUGUGGCCAAGAUUGACUUGAAUGAUGGCGAGUGGCCGGACCUGCCCAACCUUCUGCUGCGCGCCGGCGAGAGCGCCAACCCCGACGAGCGUGCUGUGGCCCUCUACAUCCUGUUUACCAUUCUGGAGACCUUGGGUGAGGGCUUCGAGGAGAAGUUCCAGGACCUUUUCAACCUCUUCAGCAAGACCAUUCGGGACCCCGAGAGUGCUGAGGUUCGCAUUAACACUCUCCUGGCUCUGAGCAAGCUUGCCAUGGUCCUCGACUCCGACGAGAACGAGGCCCCCGUCAAGGCCUUCCAGGAGCUCGUGCCUUCCAUGGUUGCCGUUCUCAAGGACGCCAUUGACCAGGGUGAAGAGGAUCGCGUCAUGCAGGCCUUCGAGGUCUUCCAGACCCUGCUCGGCUGCGACCCCGCCUUGCUCACUGUUCACCUGAAGGAUCUUGUCAUUUUCAUGAACGAGCUUUCUGCCAACACUGAAGCCGAUGACGACACCCGUACUCAGGCCAUCAGCUUCCUUAUGCAGUGCGUUCAGUACCGCAAACUGAAGAUCCAGGCUAUGCGCCUCGGUGAGCAGCUCACCCGCACCGCCCUCCACAUUGUCACCGAGCUGGAUGACUCUCCCAUUGACGACGACAUCACUCCUCCCCGCUCUGCUCUGGGUCUCCUGGAUAUGCUCUCCCAGAGCUUGCCUCCCAGCCAGGUCGUUGUUCCCCUGCUCCAGACCCUGGGUCAGUACUUCAACAACACCGACGCUAAUUACCGCCGUGCCGGUAUCAUGGCUCUCGGCAUGUGCGUUGAGGGUGCCCCCGAUUUCAUCAGCACUCAGAUGCAGGAGAUCUUCCCCAUGGUUCUCCAGCUCCUUGCCGAUCCUGAGCCCAAGGUUCGCCAGGCGUCCCUGCAUGCUGUUGCACGUCUGGCCGACGACUUGGCCGAGGACCUCAGCGCUGAGCAUGAGCGCCUGAUGCCUCUCCUGUUCAAGAACCUUGCGAGCUCCAUGCAGGAGUACAAGGGUGAGGAGGAUGGCCCCACCAUGGACAUCAUGAAGGCCGGUAUCAGCGCCAUCGACGCUGUCGUCGAUGGUCUGGAUGAGAAGGACGUUGCCCCCUACCAGGCUGAGCUCGUUCCCAUCCUGCACAACCUGUUCAAGCACCCCGACUUCAAGAUCAAGUCUCUCGCUGCCGGCGCCCUCGGUUCGCUUGCUUCCUCUGCGGGUGACUCUUUCCUCUCUUUCUUCGAUGAGACCAUGCACCUUCUCCAGGAGUUUGCUACCGUCAAGGACUCCGAGGAGGAGCUCGAUCUCCGUGCCAGUGUCACCGACGCUAUGGGCGAGAUGGCUGCUGCGGCAGGCCCUGAGCGCUACCAGCCUUAUGUCGAGCCCCUCAUGCGUGCCACCGAAGAGGCCCUCCACCUUGGCCACUCUCGUCUCAAGGAGAGUACCUACAUCUUCUGGGGCGCCAUGGCCAAGGUCUACUCCGAGCACUUCUCGCCCUUCCUCCACGGGGUCACCAAGGGCCUGUUCGACUGUAUUGAACAGGAUGAGACUGACCUUGAGGUUGAGCUUGGCGAAGCUGCCAAGGAUCUUGUCGGCCAGGAAGUGACUGUUGCCGGCCGCAAAGUCAAGGUUGCCAGUGCUGACGAUGAUGAUGACCUCGAGGGUGAUAUCGAGGACAUCGAUGUCGAGGAUGACGAUGACGCUUGGGAUGAUAUCACUGCCACUACUCCUCUGUCCCUCGAGAAGGAGAUCGCUGUUGAGGUCAUUGGUGACCUGGUUACUCACACCCGCAACUCUUUCCUACCUUACUUCGAGAAGACCAUUGAGAUGGUCAUGCCCCUUGCAGAGCAUCCCUAUGAGGGUGUUCGCAAGAGCACUAUCAGCACCUUGCACCGCUCUUACGCCAUGCUCUUUGCCAUCGCCGAGGAGAGCAACCAGAUGCCCAAGUGGCAGCCUGGUCUGCCGCUUCAAGUCCAGCCGGCUAAGGAGGUCCAGAAGUUCGGCGAAAUCCUCAUGACCGCCACAAUCAAGAUGUGGACCGAGGAAGAUGAUCGUGCUACCGUCGCGGACAUCAACCGCAACAUGGCCGAGAACCUCCGCUUCUGCGGCCCGGCUCUCAUUGCUGAUGAGACUGUGCUUCACAACGUGAUUCAGAUGAUCACCGACAUCAUCACUAAGCAGCACCCUUGCCAGAUCGAGUUCGGUCCCGAGGAGGAGGCUUUCGAGGCCGGCGAGGAGACCUCUGAGUUUGACUGGGUUGUUGUUGACACCGGUCUUGACGUUGUCUCCGGUAUGGCCGCUGCGUUGGGCCCGAGCUUCGCUGAGCUGUGGAAGGUGUUCGAGAAGACCAUUCUCCGCUAUGCCAGCAGCACCGAGUCUCUGGAGCGCGCCACCGCCGUGGGUGUCCUUGCCGAGUGCAUCAACGGUAUGGGUGCUGCCGUGACUCCUUUCACCUCCACUUUCCUCAAGCUGCUUCUGCACCGCUUGAAUGACGAGGACCCCCAGACUCGCUCCAACGCUGCCUACGCUGUCGGCCGCCUGGUUGAGCACUCCACCUCUGACGAGGUCGUCAAGGAGUACCCCACCAUUCUCACCCGUCUGGAGUCUUGCCUCUCGAUGAACGUCUCUCGUCUGCAGGACAACGCCACUGGCUGUGUCAGCCGCAUGAUUCUCCGCAGCCGCGAGAGCGUCCCUCUCAAGGAUGUCCUUCCUGUCCUGGUCGGCAUUCUGCCCCUCAAGAACGACUUUGAGGAGAAUGAGCCCCUGUACCGCAUGAUCUGCCAGCUGUACAAGUGGGAGGAUGAGACCAUCCGCAGUCUCACCCCGCAGCUUCUUCCCGUCUUCCAGGCUGUUCUGACUGGCAACGAGGAUCAGCUCGAGGACGAGCGCCGUGCCGAGCUGAUUGAGCUUGUCAAGUGGCUAAACCAGAUGCAGGCGGGCGCGGCCCCCUGGGUCGAGCAGCUGUAA